CAAGACGCAUUCAUUCAAGAUGUCACGAAAUAAUUGAAUAAUUGAAGUGCAAUCUUCGUGUUCUCUCGACGAAGAUAAGUAGAGCUUAUGUGAAGCGAACCGUAAAACAUGGCCCAGAAUUUGAUAGCGAGUGUGCCGCACAGUAGUGACUCAGCGGGGUGAUGUGAAGUUAACCCGCGCAAAAAGAAAAAAUCGCAAAAAUCAUACCGAAGAAGAGAAUAUUCAAACCAUCACAUCUCAACUCUUCAUAUCCUCCCUAAUACAUACCAUCUUCCUCCAAAUCCCUCAAAAUGCCCAUCAACCAACCCUCCAACCAAAUAAAACUAACAAAUGUCUCCCUCGUACGCUACAAAAAAGCAAAGAAGCGUUUCGAAAUCGCCUGCUACAAGAACAAAGUCCUGGAAUGGCGAUCCGGCAACGAAAAAGACAUCGACAACGUUCUCCAAAUCCCCAAUGUAUUUCUCAACGUAUCGCGAGGACAGACCGCCCCUACCGCCGAUCUAGCCAAAGCCUUUGGAAAAGAUACACCGAUUCAAGACAUCGUUCUCGAGAUAUUAAAUAAAGGGGAAUUACAAGUCGGAGAGAAAGAACGUCAUGCGCAGCUGGAACGGGUUCAUAAUGAAGUAAUCAGUAUCGUGGCGAGUAAACUCGUGGAUCCGAAGACGAAGCGGGUUUAUACUACGGGGAUGAUAGAGAAGGCAUUAGAGAUGCUUAGUUCGCAGGGGUCGCAGGCGCAGGAUAAGGAUAGGAAUUUGGGGAGUGCGAAUGCGACUCCGACGACGGGGGAAGAGGGGGAGGCGAAACCGAUUCCUAGAGCGAGGGAACAUGCUUGGACGGGGGUGGUGGCUACGAAGAGUGCUAAGAGUCAGGCGUUGGAGGCGAUGAAGGCUUUGAUUGCUCAUCAACCGAUUCCGGUUGCGAGAGCAAGGAUGAGGCUGAGGGUUACGUUGCCGACGAAGAUUCUGAAACAGGUGGUUAAGAGUGCGGGGCCGAAAGCUGGGGAUGAGGAGGAGGGGGAUAAGAAGGAGUCGGUUAAGGAUAGGGUCUUGGGGUAUGUGGAGCAGGUUGAGAGUCAGGAUGUGAUGGGGUCGGAGUGGGAGGUUGUGGGGUUUGUGGAACCCGGUGCGUUUAAGGGGUUGGGAGACUUUAUUGGGACCGAGACGAAGGGUCAAGGAAGAGUGGAGGUGUUGGACAUGGCUGUUACUCAUGAGGAUUAGAGUCCUUGUUCUCUAUCGACCUUGACUUUGGGAUCAUUUAGCGGGUAUAGAAUGGCGUUGGGGAUAGCAAAAGUAGUUUAAAUUUUACGUUACGGUUGGCUCGUUUGUCAUUUUAAGAAUCACUAGAAAAGUCGUAUAUGUUACCAGCAGAUAUAAACCAUGGCAUUUUGAUAUCGGGUUUGA